UCGAUUCAUUUUCUUCGAUGACAAAACAGAACACAAAUCCGACGACGGCAACUCCGGCCACCUCCACGUUUUCCGGAGACUUCUCGGGCAGCCUCCGCUUCUGAAUCCGUUACCUACGAAUCCUCUAGUGGCCUCGAUUUACCCGACACGAAACCAGAAUCGCCGUUGCUUCUCCCUAUCUUGGUUUAAUAUGGCAAGAUGAUUGAUUUGGUUAAUGGAAGGAGUUGGUUCAACAACCUUAUCUAAGUAAUUUUCAUCUAUUUGGAUUGUUUUAGUCUUGCAUUUUGUACGGUGGCGUACCUCUUGCGUUUCACUUCUCUUAAGACUCUUCUGCGUCCUCUAUCUUUCUCCGUCGCUGCCUCAGCAAUGGAGAGUCAUCAUGCUUCUUGUAGCUUGGUUCUAUGUGGCAAGUCCUCUGUGGAAACUGAGAUAGCAAAGCGUCUCAAGAACAACAACAACUCGCUUAAACUCCCAGACAAUACCAAAGUUUCACUCUUUUUAGAAUCCGAGGCUAAGCAUGUGGUCAAAGAUGAUGAUGGUGAUUCCUUCGAUCUCUCACUCUUUAUGAACUCCAUUCUAACUCAUCAGUUUGGGAGGUUUCUCAUUUGGUCUCCCCGCUUGUCGUCCACUCACGAUGUUGUUUCUCAUAACUUCUCUGAGCUUCCAGUUGGUUCAGUUUGUGUCACUGAUGUCCAGCUUAAAGGUCGAGGCAGAACUAAGAAUGUAUGGGAAUCUCCAAAGGGUUGUCUUAUGUAUUCUUUUACUCUAGAAAUGGAAGAUGGUCGUGUCGUGCCUUUGGUACAGUAUGUGGUAUCUCUUGCUGUAACCGAAGCAGUGAAUCAUGUCUGUGACAAGAAAGGUUUUCCGUACAUUGAUGUUAAAAUUAAGUGGCCGAAUGAUCUCUACUUGAAUGGCCUUAAGGUUGGAGGCAUUUUGUGUACCUCGACUUAUAGAUCAAAGAAGUUUCAUGUCAGUGUCGGUGUGGGAUUGAAUGUGGACAACGAGCAACCAACCACAUGCUUAAAUGCUGCACUAAAAGACAUGUCUCCUGCGUCAAACUUGCUCAAAAGAGAAGAAAUCCUUGGAGCUUUUUUUCAUCAAUUUGAAAAAUUCUUUGAUCUAUUCAUGGACCAAGGUUUUAAAUCUCUCGAGGAGCUUUACUACAGAACAUGGUUACACAGUGAGCAAAGAGUGAUUGUUGAAGAAAAAGUACAGGACCAAGUUGUUCAAAAUGUUGUUACUAUCCAGGGAUUGACGUCUUCGGGAUAUUUGCUGGCUAUUGGAGAUGACAAUCAAAUGUAUGAGCUUCACCCUGAUGGCAAUAGUUUUGACUUUUUCAAAGGUCUGGUUCGAAGAAAAAUAUAAUCCAAUGGUGGUUUUGUUGCUGCAUCUUCUGGUGGAAGUAAAUGUGUUGUGUUUUAGUUCCAUAGACACAAGUUUCAAAUGUGUUGUGUUUUAGUUCCUUUAUUCACCCUUAUAUAUCCAAAUAAUCUAUCUUUAUUCUCUAUUAAUAAUAAAUUAAUAACUAGCAGUAUAUUUCUUUUUUUA